GGGACGCGCUGGGGGGACUACUGGGGGCGAACGCUCCCGUCCCCCGCCCUGCCCGCGCUGGGGUUUCGGGCCGGCAGAGGGCGUCCGAAGGCCGAGCUCGCCACGCUCCCGGCGCCGCCGCUUUGUUUCCAUUCAAAUCCCGAGCUGGGGGAGGGGAGAACCGGGGGACCCGGGAUGGGGACUUGGCGGGGACCCUUUGUUUUGGAGGGAGCAGGUUCCCCAUUUCCGUGUCUUUGUCCGGCCUCAGUUGGGGGCCGGAGCCGUGGAAAUCAAUUCCGAUGGCCUGCCCAGGCCAGGGUCCCCAGGGCGCAGUCGCCUAGUUGGAGAGGUUCGCUAGACCCGGGGGAGUGCCGGAGCGCUGGCCGAUCGCGUCCGGCCCGCGAGGACCUCCUCCGACUUCCCACCCCUUCCCCACCCUCCCCGAGCCACGCCUGCUAGCGCCGCAGGAGGUGGGGGGGGGAUACCCUGGAUGGGACCUGAGCCUGCCCGCUGUCCUGCCGCCCCGCAGCCCGAGGGCGAGUGUCUCCUAGAAGGCUGUGUGGGGGGACAGGAUGAGGCCUUGGUCAUUUCCACGCCCAUCCCACCCACUUCCUGCCUCCCUCUAGGGCAACAAAGGGGCCUCGGGAAACUGGGCCCCUCAGGCACCCGGGCAACUCCCGCCCCAGUCCUGCUGAUGUGGAACGGGAUUUGAGGCUCUGCCGGGCCAUUGUCUGCACCGGGGGGAAGGGGACCCGCUGGGGCUGGGCCAGGACCUGCUGCACCGAGUCCCCAAUUGGAGGCCUUGCCAGCCUCACGCCCCCGCAGCUCUAGCUCUGGACCUGGCAGAAUUAGGUCUUGAGGCUGUGGCAGCCCCAGUGGUUGCAGGUCCUGCUUCUUGAGGUUAUUUUAAGAAACUUCUGUACCUCUUAGGCCUGAGUGUGGGAGAAGGGUGUUCCUCUUAUUUUUCCAAACAACUUCCUGUAGCCAAGAGGGAGUGGGGAUGGCCUUUAUGUUUUAGAGGACUUUUUUUUUUUGGUACCGGGGAUCGAACUCAGGUCCUUGCGCUUUUGAGGCUGGUGGCCGAACCAGUGAGCUACAUCCCGGCCCUUUAGAGGGCUUCUUGAUGUCUCUCCACACCUCUAGCUGGCUCAGCUUCUCUACCAAUCUGCAGGAGACUCCAGGGUCUUGGGGGGCUGAGGCCAGGUGUGGGGAGCUGGGUCCUCUACCUGAGAGAAAGGCAGGGCCAAAGAAGUGAGGGCUCCGCAAGAGCUCUGGUUGGGUGUUCUCUCUGCCGUCUCAGUGUGGCCCUCUUCUGGGAUGUUUGCUGACCACUUCUUUUCCCUUGCCAGGGCUGCUGGCCUGGAGCUGAGAGCUGGGGUGUGUGCCAUGGCCCCAUAUUGGGCUGUCUGGCUGCUGGCAGCAGGGCUGUGUGGCCUGGGCAUUGGGGCUGAGGUGUGGUGGAACCUUGUGCCCCGAAAAACAGUAUCUUCUGGGGAACUGGCAACAGUGGUGCAGCGGUUCUCCCAGACCGGCAUCCAGGACUUCUUGACCUUGACCCUGACUGAGCAGUCUGGGCUGCUGUACGUGGGGGCGCGCGAGGCCCUGUUCGCCUUCAGCGUGGAGGCUCUGGAACUGCAGGGAGUGAUCUCCUGGGAGGCACCAGCUGAGAAGAAGACUGAGUGCAUCCAGAAGGGAAAGAGCAACCAGACGGAGUGCUUUAACUUUAUCCGCUUCCUGCAGCCAUACAAUGCCUCACACCUGUACGUGUGUGGGACCUACGCCUUCCAGCCCAAGUGCACCUACAUCGACAUGUUCACUUUCACUUUGGAACGAGGAGACUUUGAGGAUGGGAAGGGAAAGUGUCCCUAUGACCCAGCUAAGGGCCACACUGGCCUCCUUGUGGAUGGAGAGCUGUACUCGGCCACACUAAACAACUUCCUGGGCACAGAGCCUGUCAUCCUGAGGAACAUGGGCCCCCACCAUGCCAUAAAGACUGAGUACCUAGCCUUUUGGCUCAAUGAACCCCACUUUGUAGGCUCUGCCUACGUCCCUGAGAGCGUGGGGAGCUUCACUGGGGAUGACGACAAGAUCUACUUCUUCUUCAGCGAGCGGGCUGUGGAGUAUGACUGCUAUGCGGAGCAAGUGGUAGCUCGAGUCGCCCGAGUCUGUAAGGGAGACAUGGGAGGGGCACGGACGCUGCAGAGGAAGUGGACCACAUUCCUGAAGGCGAGGCUGGUGUGCUCGGCCCCUAACUGGCAGCUGUACUUCAACCACCUGCGGGCAGUACACACCCUGCGAGGCGCCUCCUGGCACAACACUACCUUUUUCGGGGUCUUCCGAGCGCGAUGGGGCGAUGUAGACCUAUCAGCAGUCUGUGAGUACCAGCUGGAGGAGAUCCAGCGGGUGUUCGAGGGUCCCUACAAGGAGUACCGAGAGCAAGCCCAGAAGUGGGCCCGCUAUACGGACCCAGUACCCACCCCUCGGCCCGGCUCAUGCAUCAACAACUGGCACCGGCGCCACGGCUACUCCAGCUCCCUAGAGCUGCCUGACAACACCCUCAACUUCAUCAAGAAGCACCCGCUGAUGGAGGAGCAGGUGGCACCCCGGUGGGGCCGGCCCCUGCUGGUGAAGAAGGAUGCCAACUUCACCCACCUAGUAGUCGACCAGAUCAUGGGGCUCGAUGAAGCCACCUACACAGUGCUGUUCAUUGGCACAGGGGAUGGCUGGCUGCUCAAGGCUGUGAGCCUGGGGGCCUGGGUGCACCUGAUUGAGGAGCUGCAGGUGUUUGACCGGGAGCCCGUGGAGAGCCUGGUGCUGUCUCAGAGCAAGAAGCUGCUUUUUGCCGGCUCCCGCUCUCAGCUGGUUCAGGUGCCCCUGGCAGCCUGUAGCAAGUACCGCUCCUGUGCAGACUGUGUGCUUGCCCGGGACCCCUACUGCGCCUGGAAUGUCAACACCAGCCUCUGUGUGGCCACAGGUGGCCAUUCCGGAUCCCUGCUGGUCCAGCAUGUGACCAUCUUGGACACAUCGAGCAUCUGCAACCUUCGUGGCAGUAAGAAAGCCAGGCUCACUCCCAAAAACAUCACGGUGGUAGCUGGUACAGACCUGGUGCUACCCUGCCGCCUCUCCUCCAACCUGGCCCGUGCCCGCUGGACCUUCAGGGAUCGGGAUCUACCUGCAGAACAGCCUGGUUCUUUCCUUUACGAUACCCGGCUGCAGGCCCUGGUGGUAAUGGCUGCCCAGCCCCGUCAUGCGGGCACCUACCACUGCUUUUCGGAGGAGCAGGGGGCACGGCUGGCUGCAGAAGGCUACCUUGUGGCUGUUGUGGCGGGCCCAUCAGUGACCUUGGAGGCCAGGGCGCCCUUGGAAAACCUGGGGCUGGUAUGGCUAGCUGUGGUGGCCCUGGGGGCCGUGUGCCUGGUAUUGCUGCUGCUGGUUCUGUCACUACGCCGGCGGCUGCGGGAAGAGCUGGAAAAAGGUGCCAAGGCAGCCGAGAGGACUCUGGUGUACCCCCUGGAGCUGCCCAAGGAAUCCACCAGUGCCCCCUUCCGGCCUGGCCCGGAAACGGAUGAGAAACUUUGGGAUCCUGUUGGCUACUACUACUCGGAUGGCUCACUGAAGAUUGUUCCUGGACAUGCAAGGUGCCAGCCUGGGGUCGGGCCCCCCUCCCCCCCUCCCGGCAUCCCUGGCCAACCCUUGCCUUCUCCAACUCGGCUCCACCUGGGGGGCGGACGGAACUCGAAUGCCAACGGUUAUGUGCGCUUACAGUUAGGAGGAGAGGACCGGGGCGGGCACCCCCUGCCUGAGCUCGCUGAUGAACUGAGACGCAAGCUGCAGCAGCGCCAGACCCUGCCCGACUCUAACCCGGAGGAGUCUUCGGUGUGAGGGGACCCACCGCAUUGGCAGGGCGCGCAGGAGGUGCGGCUCCUACUUUUGCACAGGCAUUAGCUACCUCAGGGACAUGGCUCGGGCACCCACUCUGUCUGGGACUGGUGCUGCCAGCACCUGCCUGGCCAUGAAGACCUGCUCAGCAUGGGCACUGCCACUUGGAGUGGCUCACCAGGGCACCAGCCUUCCUCUUCUGUGAAUCUCAGAAACAUGGGACCCCAGCAGCCAAAACUUUGCAAGGCAGAAGUUGCAAGAUGUGGGUGUGUCUGCGUGUGUGUGUGUGUAAGUGUGUGUAAGUGUGUGUGUGGCACAGCCUUCCUGUUUCUGUGGAGUCUUCCUUGGCCUGGGGUCCUCCUGGUGAGUCUUUGGAGCUAUGAAGGGGAAGGGGUCAGAUCACUUUGUCUCUCUUACCCCCAUCUGUCCCAAAUGCUGGGCAGCCGUGUACAUAUGGGGGUGGGGUGGGCAGGGUACUGAACCCCUCUGGAGGGGUGGGGAGGUGUGCAGGGCCCAGGGUUGGGCCUAGCCCUAUCUCAGGGCUGUGAAUGUUUUCAGGGUGGGGGGAGGGAGAUGGCGCCUCCUGUGUUGGGGGGAAGGGUGGGCGGGGCCUUCCUCUGGGCCCGCCGGGGUAUUUUAUCCUCAUCCUCUUCCAGAGCAGGGUUGUGUGGGGGAGAGGGAGGGCAUGCUGUAGACAGGAGCAUACCCUCUCCUGGCCCCAGGAAGAGGGCUCCUAACAGUGUAACUUAUUGUGUCCCCGCGUAUUUAUUUGUUGUAAAUGUUUGAGUAUUUUUAUAUUGACAAAUAAAACGGAGAAAUUGA